AUGCUGGUCGUUGAAAAGCCACUUAGGCAACGAUCAUCGAACUCAAUACCUUCAUCAAGAAAAUGGUCGAUCGAGGAAGAAAUUAAAUUAUUUAGUCUACUUUGUGAAUUUAAACCGGCAGGUAAACAAAAACACGAGAACAUUAAGAUCAUACUAAGUAACAUAAAUGAAGGCAUUGAAGAUCCAACAAUAGAUCCACCAUUCACAGAAUUAGAUAUAAUAGAUAAACUAGCUCAAUUAUAUGAUCUACCUAAAAUUGAUAUACUAGAAGAUGGUAGUGAAGAAAGUAGUACAUUUAAUGACAAUAGAACUGAUCUAGAAGAUGAAAAAGAGCAGGUAGAAGAUGAUGAUGUGGUAGAAAAUGAGAACGAAGAAACAAAUGAAGACAAAGAAGAUGACAAAGCAAUUGAAAAUGAAGAGGAACAAGAAGAAGAGCUAGAAGAAGAACAGAAUAAAACGAAAGAACGAGUUAAGAAGAAAGAGCCAAAGAAAGAAAUUGAAAAAAGUAAAAAGAAAGAAUUGAUAGAUACUAAAAGGAAAAAUAAAGUCGAAGACGUCAAACCAAAAGAGAGUAAGACGAAAAUAGAAGAGAAUGAAAAGAAAUUAGAUGCAAAAGCUAAAGAAGAAUUUUCAAAUAACACCAAAGAAGAACUAAAAUCUGAAAAUGAAGAACCAGAAUUGUCAACAAAUAACCAACAAUCACGUAAACGUAGAACAAGAAGUACGAAAGAAAAAGAGAAAGAAAUUCCCAGCAAAAGAAGAAGGUUACGUUCAACAGAUUUGGAUGAGGUCUCGCCGGAAAGUGAAGUCGUAGAUAAACUGAAAGGAGAGGCUGCAGAAGAAUCUGAUGAAAAUGUGGAAGAAAAGGAAAAUGAGAAAAAAGAUGAAUCAGAGAAUGACCAAACAGAAAACGAGGAUAAAAUAGUGAAAGAAAAUGAAGGUAUAGAAGCAAAUAAGGAAGAGGAAGACGAGGAAGAAGAACAAGAAGAAGAAGCAAAAGAAGAAGAAGAAAGAGAAGAGGAAAAAGAAGAAGAAGAAAGAGAAGAGGAAAAAGAAGAAGAAGAAGAGGAAGAAGAAGAAAAAGAAGAACUGGCUCCUGCAAGAAGAACAAGAAAAAGAACGAUGGAACAAGAACCACCCACUACACCAGUACCUUCCAAAAGAACAAGACAAACUACUAGGCUUGAAGAAGCAAAUGAAAAAGAAUCAGUUGAAACCCCUGUAUCCAAGAAGAAAGCCAAAACAAUAAAUCCAGCUUCACUGCCUGCAAUUGAACAACCUACUCGACUAUUACCUAGAAGAAGAACUAGAUCGAUGAGAGGAUCGAAAUAA